GAUUGCGGUGAUGUAUAUACCUUGUUAGAAUUCACAGAACUGUACACUUUAUAAAGAAAGGUGAAUUUUACUGAAUGUAAAUUCUCUCUCAAUACACUUGACUUUAAAAAGUGGACUGAGAAAAGGUGAUUUCAUUCCCAAAGGGGGCAAAAAUCAGUAUAUACGUGGGUGUUCAUACGAGCAUUAUAAAAUGAAAAGCACAGUGGAGCAAUAAAGGAAGAUCCUUAAUAGUAAGAGCCUCUUCCUGGUUGGAAAGACCAAAGACAGCCAAGCUGACUUUGGGCACACUAGGGCCGGAGCGCGAGGGAGGACUCGUGGUCGGACUGCGCAGGUGGGUUCCUGCUCGGGGGCGGGGCCUCGGGAGCGCUGUGCCUCCGGAGCGCUGGGCCUCGGGAGCCGGCUGCUGGGGACCCAAGUUCCAAAGUCCGGAGGCCGAGGAGACAUGGCCACCACCCGCGACGCUGAGAUCCGGAAGGACGUGCAGACCUACGACGGGCAGGUGCUGAAGAAAUCAGCAGACCUCCAGACCAAUGCGUGUGUCACUGCAGCCAGGCCAGUCCCUAAGCACAUCCGGGAAGCCCUGCAGAAUGUAAAUGAGGAAGUAUCCUUAAGAUAUUAUGGCUGUGGUCUGGUCAUCCCUGAGUGUCUGGAAAACUGCUGGGUUUUGGACCUGGGGAGUGGAAGUGGCUGAGACUGCUAUGCACUUAGUCAGCUGGUUGGUGAGAAGGGACAUGUCACCGGAAUAGACAUGACAGAAGGUCAGGUAGAAGUGGCUAACAAGUACAUUGAAUAUCACAUGGAAAAAUAUGGCUUCCAGGCACCCAAUGUGACUUUUAUUCAUGGCUACAUAGAGAAGUUAGGAGAGGCUGGAAUCAAGAAUGAGAGUUAUGAUAUUGUUAUAUCCAAUUGUGUCAUUAACCUUGUACCUGAUAAACAAGUGCUGCAGGAGGUAUAUCGAGUGUUAAAGCACGGUGGGGAGCUAUAUUUCAGUGACGUCUGUGCUAGCCUUGAAUUGCCAGAAGAAGUCAGGACACACAAAGUUUUAAGGGGUGAGUGCCUGGGUGGUGCUUUGUACUGGAAGGACCUUGCUAUCCUUGCCCAAAAAAUUGGGUUCUGCCCUCCACGUUUGGUCACUGCCAAUUUAAUUACAGUUCAGAACAAGGAACUAGAAAACAUGAUCUGUGACUGCCGUUUUGUUUCUGCUACAUUUUGCCUUUUCAAACUCCCUAAGACAGGACCAACCAAAAGAUGCCAGGUUAUUUACAAUGGAGGAAUCACAGGACACGAAAAAGAACUAAUAUUUGAUGCAAAUUUCACAUUUAAGAAAGAUGAAACUGUUGAAGUGGACGAAGAAACAGCAGCUAUCCUGAAGAAUUCACGAUUUGCCCAAGAUUUUCUGAUCAGGCCAAUUGGAGAGAAGUUGACGACAUGUGGAGGCUAUACUGCUCUUGAAGCAAAGGAUAUAAUAAAAGAUCCAUUCAAGCUUGCAGAAGGGUCUGACAAUGCGAAGUCCAGAAGUCCCCCUGAAGCUGCCAGCGGCUGCUGAGGCACAGAGAAGUGCUGCUAAAACAACAGCUGACCAGAAGACAGUGGGCAGGAGGUGAAAGAAUGAGUUACACGUCUUAACCUGCUCUUCCCCACAGCCCAUACCACAAGAAAGAAUAAAAGGCAAAACUCCACCGUAUUUUAGAUUAAAAUUAAUGAAUUAUUUUUACAAAGUAUUAAUUAAAGGUUCACAGCAAAAUCAUCUAAAGACUAGUUAAGCAGUUUUUCUCUUAACUGAGUCUGGUGCCACCUAGUGGCAAGAAAUGGAACUGAGAAGCAGUCUGAAAGCUUGGCUGAUGGGCAAGAAAGGCUUCAGAAAUAACAGUUGGCCAAGGGCCUCAGGGAGAACAUCUUCCUUCUGACCUGCAUAGCACCUUUUGGACUUUUCACCAUGUUUUUUCAUUAAACAGAGCUCCUACUGAACUCAUGCUAAUCAUGCCAAAAGAUUGCCAAAUCAAAUUUGGUAGGAGUGCUCUUGAGGUAAUUGGUCUUUUAAAUCAAACAAUUUUUUUUCUUCUUUUUAAUGUGCAGUUGAAUGAAGAAAACAAACAGGUAAUCAUUUUUUGACCUCAGUUUACCCUAAUGUGUGACAAAAUAAUGACCAUCUGCAGUAAAUCUUAACCGGAUCAGGAAAAGAGUUUGAUAAUUUUUUUUUUUUGCAGUACGCAGGCCUCUCACCGUUGUGGCCUCUCCCGCCUCAGAGCACAGGCUCCGGACGCGCAGGCUCAGCGGCCAUGGCUCACGGGCCCAGACGCUCCGCGGCAUGUGGGAUCUUCCCGGACCGGGGCACGAACCCGCGUCCCCUGCAUCAGCAGGCGGACUCUCAACCACUGCACCACCAAGGGAAGCCCAAGUUUGAUAAUUUUUAAAAGACAAGCUAGGAGAUGUAAAAAUGCCCACAAGCCACAACUACUGAGCCCGUGUGCCACAGCUACUGAAGCAGGUGUACCUAGAGCCCGUGCUGCACAACAAGAGAAGCCACCACAAUGAGAAGCCCGUGCAGCACAAUGAAGAGUAGCCCCCACUCGCCGCAGCUAGAGAAAGCCCGCGCCCAGCAACGAAAACCCAAUGCAGUCAAAAAUAAAUAAAUAAAAUAAAUAAAAAUUAAA